AUGGAUUCUACAUAUCUGCACACAAAUGGAGAUGCAGGUGGAGAAAGGAAAAAUCCAUACGAGACUAUGUCUAAUCAUGUCAAUACAAAUGGAGAGCAGAUGGCAAUCACUGCUUCAAGUAUGAUCCGUUCUCAUAGUAUUUUUGGUGAUCUGCAUGGUGUGCAGCUUGAUCCAAUAGCAGCUGACAUUCUGAGGAAAGAGCUAGAGCAAGAAAUUUUUGCUCGAUUGAGAAUUACUCUUAUGGAGGCUCCAUCAUCUGAUGAAGUUGAAUCCUAUGUGAUUCUUCAAGAAUGCCUUGAAAUGAGGAAAAUAUAUGUUUUUCAAGAUGCAGUUGCUCCAUGGGAGAAAUAA